CAGAGACCUGCACAAACCUCUGAACAGAAUCAGAAAAUUAAGGAACUAUGAACCAAUUCUUUGAAAACCAAAAAAAAGAAAGAAAGAAAAAAGAAAACAACUUAAAAAAGAAACUUACCAACCCAAAAAAAAAGAAAGAAAGAAAAAAGAAAACAAAAAAGAAACGCUCAUAGCCUUUUGGAAAAUCAUUGUUGCCUCUCCCCAUUUUUUGUGCUCACCAAAUUCAGGAUAGAUGUUCAUUGAAUAGCUUAAAGCAGGACCAUAUAGACAACAAAAAUGGAGGCUGAUGAAGGAAGCACUCCAAAUUAUCACACAAGCGGAAAUGAUGGCUUUAUCAUAACACCGUGCGGGGUUAUCAUGUCCAUACUUAUACCCAUACUACUUUCAAUGGCACUUGAAGAGAGGAGAAAGACAAAGAAGAGAGGAGUUCAUGUUAAAGCUGGGGGCGAGGCGGGAAUUUCAAUGCGCAAUGAUAAGUUUUCUAGACUUGUUGAAGUUCCAUGGGAAGGGGCCACGACUAUGGCAGCUCUAUUUGAGCAGUCAUGUAGAAAGCAUUCGCAUACACGUUUCCUCGGAACAAGAAAAGUAAUUAGUAGGGAGUUAGUUGGGUUGAGUGAGGGAAGAAACUUAGAGAAAGUUCACUUAGAUGAAUAUUUGUGGGAGAGUUACAAUGAGAUAUUUGGUCGCGUUUGCAACUUUUCAUCCGGUCUUGUUCAUUUGGGUCAUGAUGUGGAGACUCGUGUUGCUAUCUUUUCUGAAAGUAGCCCCGAGUGGUUGAUUGCCUUUCAGGGUUGUUGCAGACAAAAUAUUACUGUGGUGACCAUUUAUGCUUCUUUAGGGGAUGAUGCUUUUGUGUACUCACUAAAUGAGACUGAAGCGACAACACUGGUUUGUGAUAUCAAACAACUAAGAAAGUUGCGUGCAAUCAGUUCGAGUUUGAAAACAAUAAAAAACAUCAUUUACUUUAAUGAUGAUGACGAUGAUGAGAUUGCAAGUGAUCUCAACAUCUCUGGCAAGUGGACUGUGUCGUCUUUCUCUGAAGUUGAAAGAGUUGGUGAAAGUAGCCCCGUUCAUCCUAGAUUACCCAUCAAGAGUGAUAUUGCUAUAAUCAUGUACACCAGUGGUAGCACACGAUUGCCCAAGGGAGUUAUGAUAACUCAUGGGAACAUUGUAGCCACAACAGCUGCAGUUAUGAGUGUGAUCCCUAAUCUUGGACCCAAAGAUGUGUACUUGGCAUACUUGCCUCAAGCUCAAGUCUUUGAGUUGGCUGCGGAGAAUGUGAUGUUGGCUGCAGGAGCUUCUAUUGGUUUUGGAUCACAAUCGACGUUAAUGGAUACAUCCAAGAACAUCAAGAAAGGAACUCGGGGAGAUGCAUCCAUGUUAAAGCCUACACUAGUGGCCGCAGUUCCCGCUAUUCUAGAUUGUCUUAGGGAGGGAAUAGUGCAGAAGGUUGAGGAGAAGGGAGGCAAUAUUGAGUCACUUUUCAACCUUGCAUAUAAGCGCAGGCUGGAAGCUUUGGAGGGAAGCUGGUUUGGAAUAUGGGACAAGCUCGAAACUCGAUUGUGGGAUAAACUAAUUUUUAAAAAGACACAAAAAGUUCUUGGAGGAGAAAUUCGUCUCAUGCUUUCAGGUGGAGCUCCUUUGUCUGAGGAUACACAACGAUUUAUGAACAUAUGCAUUGGAGCUCCUAUCGUCCAAGGGUAUGGCUUAACAGAAACCUUUGCUGGAGGUACUUUGUCUGGCUGGGAUGAUACCUUUGUGGGGCAUGUUGGCCCACCUCUUCCUUGCACCUACAUAAAGCUUGUGUCUUGGAAAGAGGGUGGUUACAGAAUAACGGACAAACCGAUGCCGCGGGGAGAAGUUGUAGUUGGUGGAUGUAGUGUUACUGCUGGAUAUUUCAACAAUGAUGCGGAAACAAAUGACACCUACCAUGUUGACGAGAGAGGAAUGCGAUGGUUUUAUACCGGUGACAUUGGAAGGUUUCGUCCUAAUGGAUGUCUUGAAAUUAUUGAUAGAAAGAAGGAUAUUACAAAACUCCAGCAUGGUGAAUAUAUCUCACUUGGAAAGGUAGAGGCAGCUCUUAGGGCAAGCAAGUAUGUAGAUAGCAUAAUGGUGUAUGCAGACCCCUUCCACAACUAUUGCGUAGCUCUAGUCGUCCCCUCCCGUGAAGUCCUUCUAGACUGGGCAGAUGACUAUGACAUCAGAUGUAUAAAUUUUUCCUCUUUGUGCGACAACAUAGAAGCGAUAAAGGAGGUCCUACAAUCGCUAUAUGAGGUAGGCAAGGCUGCAACAUUGGACAGGUUGGAGAUUCCUGCAAGGAUCAAGUUGUUACCAGAUCCAUGGACUCCUGAAUCAGGAUUGGUCACUGCAGCUCUUAAACUAAAGAGGGAAAAGAUUGUGGCCAAGUUUAAAGAGGACAUUCAUAAAUUGUACUCCAACUAAACCGACACUAUCUGCAUCACUCCUUUUUUCUCUGCAUAUGAUUGCAUUGUUUUCCGAAACAAAUGUAGAGUUCUAAACUGGAACUGUUUCUAUUGUUUUUGUCUUUCCAGAAAUAAUUUUUCUUGUAUAAAUAGAACAGGAGUGCCAGUUCUAUCCCUUUUUCAUAUAUACUUGUUACACUUUCUUUUUGAAAGUUUGUUAUUAAACGACAUAAAUAUCUUUUACUUUUUUUUUGUUCUGGGUGCUCAUUCUUAUACACUAG